GAUGAUGAUCGACAAGAGCAAAAUAUAAAGGAUAAUGAUCAGCAAGAACAAGAAGUUGUUAAUACUAGUUUUUCAGUCGAUGAAGAUAAAGCAUUAGAUUAUACUAUUGAAGUUGAAGAGUUUACUUUUGAACAUCAUGAUUAUAAUUUACAUGUCUCUAAAUCAGAUCAAAUAUCAUCAAUCGAUAUGAGAUCUAUUUUAAUCUAA